AUGGAAAUGUUGGGGGCACUUCUCAUGCCAAAGUUCCCGCCCAAUGAUAGGUACAUGCUGGGCUGGACAAGAUCUUCAUUGGGCUACUUCGACGAGGACUCUUUGUUGAUGAUGCUCGUCCUCUUCAUUUUUGCACAGCUACUCAUAUUGAUCUACAUAUUCCUAGCAUGUUUCCAGCUCAGCACGCUACAUCGCAAGCAUUUCAAUGAGAAGAGACGCCGUCAGUUUGCCAAUUUCAUCUUUAGGCGAUUGCUGAUGCAGCUGGAGAGAGCAGUAGGACAGUGCCGGAAGGAGCUGAGUGAGAAGGUGCAGGGGUGCAAGGACACUUUAGAUAGUUGUACCCGCUGGCAGAUCGAUGUACUCGAGGCGAUCAAUUUGUUUCGACGCGAUGCCACAAAAGUUCUGUAUCCGAAGCACGAGCUCCACACUCUAGCCACCAGUUGUGCCUAUUUCGUUCUGGAAGAGGAGGACCAGGAGUUGCAAGAUGCUGGCUAUGCCACUGUCAAUGUUGAAAUGGAUGACGCCUUUCUCAGGCGACUGCUUCAUGGAAGCGUAAUGUCUUAA